AUGUUCGGCCUCCCGGACGCAAAACGCGUCCGCCGAGACGACCUCCUCGCCCGCGACUCCUCCUCACCCCCCUCCCCACCCCCAGAAUCCGAAUUCCCCGACGCGCAAAAACGCCUCAGCGCGCUGUUGAACUUCGAUAUCGGCCCCUCAACCACAACUACAACCACAGCCGAACCGCAAGAGCCGGCAAGAGAUGACGAAGACGAGGAACAGGAGUUUGAGUUCCGGUUGUUUUCCGCGCCGGCAUCUGCUCCGCAAAAACCUGGAACUAGCGGUGAUGGGAAGGAUGGGCAGAAGAAGGCCGGUGGUGACACAUCGAUGAAGACUACAGCUACGAGUACAAACGAGUCCGCUGGUGCGCAAAAGUUACGAAUCCGAUUACGGUCUCCGACGCCUACGGCUGUGGGGAGUGGAGAGGGACGCUUCGUAAAUCCGUUCAGAGGGUGGAGUUACUAUUUCUCUGCGCCGGGGUUGUUAUCCGGUGAGGACAAGAGUAAAACAAGGGAGGAGGAUGCGGGCGUGUUGCAGAAGAGGAAAGAAUUCGAGGAUGUGGCUGUGAGUGGCGAAGAUAUGGCUAAGCUUGCGGGAGUAUCUUGGCCUGGCUGUCAUUUGCCUUGGCGGGUGAUUCAUCUAAAACGAGAGCAUACGAAACUUCCGAAGGAGGAGAAGGGGGCGGCGUCUAGUGCUAUGACGUAUAUUGCAGGCCCUCCAGAAAGGGAGCCCUUGUCCCGUAAGAAGCCUGGGAAGAAGAGACGUAUUCAAUUACGGAAACGAACUGCCGUUGCGGAGAGGGCGAAAGAGACAGAAGCAGAGAAACGCAACCGGAAGAACCGGGAGAAGAAAAUUAAGCGAAGGCAGAAGGCGAGAGAUCAAAAGGCGGCAGCUGCACCAGGUGAUGGUCCCGUACCGGAGCUGGACGAACACGUUUCAGGGCAAGAGAGUGAUUGA